GUCCGGUCCGUGGUUCUGCAUCUGGAUCUGCGGUGUUAAAGGUGGAAGCGGCUCCGGUUCGGAACCACAGCGGGUUCGGUCUGUGUGUCGGUUCGGAUCAGGAUGAAGUAUUGGACCAGACUGCAGGUCCGGAGGGUUUACCGGUGGAGGGGCCGGCCGGUGGGCUUCGACCGGAGACUGAAGACCCAGGAGUACAGCGCCCUGUCCAUCAGUGUGGACAGCGUCCCUCAGGUCACAGUCAUCAGCGCCGGACAGAACAUCCUGAUCGAGGGCGAGGACGAAGACCAGCCCUACGUGGCCAAAGUCCUGAAACUGAUGGGGGAUGAGAGUGGUCAGCAGAAGAAGGCGCUGGUGCGCUGGUUUAUUCGGGCGUCUGAAGUGCCUUUGAGCAAACGGAAGCUGCUGGGCCGAGACCCCCACCCUCAGGAGAUCUUCUACUACAAGGGGCGGAGCUGCGACGACGAAGUCGACGCCGAGUCCAUUAUCAGACCCGUGCAGGUGCUCCACCUGGACGCUGCCGCCCCGUUCCCAGAGUCAUGUGAUGAGGACACGCUGUUCGUCAAAAUGUCCUGGGACUCCAAGACCUUCAAGGCGGUCACCUCAGACCAAGUGGAUUCUGGAUCCGCUGACUCCGCCCCCUCCCAUCUCAAACCCUCCCUGCCCCCCUCCCCUCCCUGUUCGCCUCCCGCCGCUGCUCCGGCGACCCAAGGCCCCUCCUGCCGUGUCCUGCCGACGCCGGACCCCGCCGUCAUGCGGAAAGCCUCGUGCAGAGAGACCUGGUCCAGCAGAUCCGCCAUGAGCGCCGGGAAGGCGGGCCGCAUGGAGGCGGAGUCUCUGCACUCUGCCUCCAAACUGUCAGCCUCAAAAUGUCUGAGCGCCAAGUGGACGACGGCAGCGAGGACGCCGGGAAUCCGCAAGAAACUGAACAUGAGCAGUCCACAGAAGUUGUCCGUGGAUCAGGACGUCCUGGAUCGGCUGUUGAACGAGGAGCUGGAGUCAGAGGGGACAUUAGCUCAGCGGUUGUCGGCAUCGCCCCCCCGGGCCCCGCCUCCUCAUGCCCCACCCAGCAGACUCACCCCUCUUAAGACGGCCCACUCAGCUGCCAUCGCACUGAAACCAUUGAGCGUCAUCGUCAACAGGCGUACUUCCUCAGAUGUGGACAGUCCUCCGUCCCCGACCAGACCUUCCACUCCUUCCAGGACUCGACCUGUGCAGACGCUGCAGGAGAAGGAGCCGCUUCUGUCCGACCUGCCUGAGUUGGACGGUGAAAACUCGCCCUCGUUGCCGAGCGGUGCCGGCCCGCGGACCUCCAAGAGAAUGUCGGCUCGGCUGGUGUCGUCUCGGAUCAGGAAGCAGCUGAACCUUCUGGAAAACCAUCUGGACUCGGACUCUGACAGAGACGACCAGGACCAGUUCGUCCCGUUGAGGACGGAGCUUCAGAGCAGCAGUGAGGAGGACAGCGGAGACGAGGAGGAUGAGGAGGCGGGGCCGCCGAAGAGGAGGAGACGAGGGCAAGGAGGGGGCGGUCCUAGGACGCCGCGGUCCAGAGGACAGACGGUGGCGAGGACACCACGGAAAACACCAAACAGGAAGGCCACGCCCUCCACUCCGCGGACACCUCACCGUGCCACUCCCAGCAUCCCCUGCAGGUCGCUGCCGGCGCGACGACCCGCCAACAUCCUGGAGGAGGCGCGGAUCAGGCUUCACGUGUCGGCAGUGCCGGAGUCGCUGCCCUGCAGAGAGGCGGAGUUUCAAGACAUCUACAACUUUGUGGAGAGUAAGAUCAUCGACGGCACUGGAGGGUGCAUGUACAUCUCCGGCGUACCCGGGACAGGGAAGACAGCCACGGUCCACGAGGUGAUGCGCUGUCUGCAACAUGCCGCCGACGUGGACGAGAUCCCGCCGUUCACCUUCGUCGAGAUCAACGGGAUGAAGAUGACGGACCCCCAUCAGUCCUACGUCCAGAUCCUGCAGAAAUUGACGGGUCAGAAGGCCACGCCCGACCACGCCGCUGCACUAUUGGACAAGAAGUUCAGUAGCCCCACCCCCAGGAGGGAGACCACAGUGCUGCUGGUGGACGAGCUGGACCUCUUAUGGACCCGGAAGCAGAACGUCAUGUACAACCUGUUCGAUUGGCCGACGCGGCGCCAGGCCCGCCUAGUGGUUCUGACCAUCGCCAACACCAUGGACCUGCCGGAGCGGAUCAUGAUCAACAGAGUGGCCAGCCGCCUGGGUCUGACCCGGAUGUCGUUCCAGCCGUACACCUUCAAACAGCUGCAGCAGAUCAUCACGUCUCGCCUGGACAAGCUGAAGGCGUUGGACCAGGACGCGCUGCAGCUCGUGUCCCGGAAGGUCGCUGCUCUGUCCGGAGACGCUCGCCGAUGUCUGGACAUCUGCCGCCGCGCGACCGAGAUCUGCGAACAUGCCGCCGCCGAUCCUUCUGCCCCGGGAUUGGUCGGAAUGAGUCAUGUGAUGGAGGCGUUGAACGAGAUGUUUUCAUCGGCCUACACCACUGCCAUCAGGUCUGCGUCCGUCCAGGAGCAGCUGUUCCUCAGGGCCGUCAUCGCAGAGUUCCGUCGCCUUGGUUUGGAGGAGGCCACGUUCCAGCAGGUGUUCGUGCAGCACCAGGCUCUGUGUCGGGUGGAGGGUCUGCAGCCGGUGUCGGUGUCCGAAGGCCUGUCGGUGUGUCAGCGUCUGGGCGCGUGCAGACUGCUGCUGCUGGAGCCCAGCCGUCUGGGAAUCCUGCAGAGAGUCCGCCUCAACGUCAGCCAGGAUGAUGUGCUCUACGCCCUGAAGGCCGACUGAAGGAUCCGGAUCCGCACCUGGACCGGGACGAUCCGCCUUUAUUCUAGACGUAGAACUCCUUUUACUGAACACGUUUAUCUGCUUUAGUUUGAAUGAAAAGUCCAGAGUUUGAGUCUGUCUGGUUUUAUUUUUUUCUUGUCUGUGAAUCUUUUAA